AUGGUGGCUACAUCAACAACAGAGGCAGAAAUAGUAGCGGCUAAUGAAGCAGCCAAAGAAACCAUUUGGUUAAAAAGAUUAUUCAAAGGCAUUUUUGAACUCAAGGAUGUGCCAGUCAUUCAAGUUGAUAAUUCUGCGGCAGUACGACUUUCUCAAAACCCAGAAUUUCACCGAAGGACGAAACAUAUUGCCAUAAAACAUUUCUUCAUUAGAGAGAAAGUUAUUGAAGGUCAAAUUAUGGUUCAACAAAUUUCAACUGAACAUCAACUUGCAGAUGUAAUGACAAAGCCAUUACCAAGCCAUCAUCGUCUUAAAACAUUAUGUCAUGAAAAUGGUCAAAUUUCUUUGUGGGACAUCAGAAAAGGCAAGGAAAUCAACUCUGUCAACGAUCACACUGCCGGUAUUAAUGACAUGCAAAUGAACAAAGAUGGCACAAUGUUUGUUACCGCCUCUAAAGAUACAUCAGCCAAAUUAUUCGACUCGGAAUCGCUAAUGUGCUUGAAGACAUACAAAACUGAAAGACCCGUCAAUUCGGCUUCAAUCAGUCCAAUUAUGGAUCAUGUUGUUCUUGGUGGUGACCACCAAUGGAGGUGA